CCCAGAAAAAAAAAAAAAAGAAGGAGGAGGAGAGAUCUGCCAGCCAGAAAAACCAGAGAGCCAAUUUCACAGCGCCAUCUCUCUCUCCUUCUCUACGAUCAGAUCGGAGCCUCCGCCCGCAUCAAAAUAAAUUAGGGUCGUUUUGUUUCUGUCUAGCUUCUCAUAUCUCCUCGCAAGAUUUCUAUUUUUCUUAUUUUUUUNUUUUUUUUUUUUUGCAUUUGAAUUCCGAAUUUACCAUUGAUCGAAUUUGAAUCGAGCAUUGGGGCAUUACUUCUCGAUUCCUUGAUUCAGAUAUUGCUUAGGGUUUUGGUUCGGUAGGGGUUUGUGGAAUUAUAUAUGAACGAAGUUGUUUGAUAUUUGUUUUUGGGGGAAUUGAAUGGCUUCGGCUCAGGUGUUGUCCAAUUCGACGAAGAAGCAGGAGCAUUUGGAAGCUGGAAAGCGCCGGCUGGAGGAGUUCCGUAAGAAAAAGACAGCAGAAAGAGCUAAGAAGGCUUCAUCUUCUAGCCAAGUCAAUGGCUCUGAAGUCAGCUCAAAUGAGAAACAACCUGUAGAAACUGUAAGAGUUACAGUGUCUGACGGAGCUGGUACAUCUGAUGGGCCUGGUGGUGGUUAUACUGAAGCUUCUUCUGUAAUAUCGAGCAACGGUGACAUUGCCAUUGAUUUUUCCCAAAAAAAGGAACAUGCUUCUUCAAAUAAUGCACACAGUAGUCCUUCAGUAAAUGAUUAUAAUGGAUUUUCUGCAAAUCAAGAAUAUAAGAGAUAUGGUGUCUCAGGUUUUUCUCGACCCUCAGAUGUUGGUGAUAACUAUGAUAUAAAAGAGAUGAGUAAUGAUGUUGAAAAAGAUACUGGUACCUUAGGUAUUUCACCAUAUGGACCCACAUCUAACCAUCCAAUUGCUCUACGUCCACAAGCAAGUCAAGAGUUUGAAAGCAACACAAGACAAUUCAGCUUUUAUGGGAAUCAGUCUGAACAAAAACUUUCAUCUAGUGAUUCUGUUGGUGCGGGUUUGGGUACUUCUCAACAAUCUGUUGCAAAAAUCUCACCUCAGAACUCUGUCAGCACAUUUCUUCAAAGUGAAGCCAGUAAUUUCAGCACAAUGGCUGGUGGCCCUCCUUCAUCAUCUUCACUUAAUCAAGACUCGAUUGAACCUAGUACCAGUGCAAGAGGGUAUGCUCAAGAAGUUGGGAAAAGCAUACGUGGUGGUACUGCAGACUUCAGUGAUCCAGUUACUUUCAGAUUUGGAGAAGGAAGACUAAGUAGCUCUGCAAGUGGUAUGUCUAGCUUGCAGAGUGCACAAGUGCAAACAUAUGAAUCCACUGGCUAUGGAUAUGAUGCUAGAAGUUCGUCCAAUUAUGUACAGCCAGAGUCAGUUACACCUGAUUCUAGUUCUAGGAGAUCUCGCCCAUCAUUCCUCGAUACUCUUAAUGUUUCCAGAGCUUCUUCCGGGAGUCCUUUUCAACAAGCUCAACCUGAGGAGUCAUAUUUCUCCAACAGUUCUAAAUCAAAUGGCAUGAGCUUCCUGGGAUCAUUGCCUUUCCAUAAGCCAUCUAUGGACGAUGGACCCGCUGCACCUCAUUCAUUCGAGCAUUCCAAUAAGUCUUCACUGUUUUCUAGUGCUGGGGUGGACCAGCAGAGGCCAAUAGUUGAGAGUAACUUGGACAGAAAACAUGAGUUUUAUUCAUCGAAGCAAAAUGACGAUUUUGCAGCUUUGGAACAGCACAUUGAAGACUUGACACAAGAAAAGUUUUCUUUGCAACGAGCACUUGAGGCUUCACGUUCUUUAGCUGAGUCAUUGGCUUCUGAAAAUUCUUCUUUGACAGAGACUUAUAACCAACAGAGAAGUGUUGUUGACCAACUAAAGUCUGACUUGGAAACGUUACAAGAGGAGAUCAAGGCCCACAUGGUGGAACUUGAGGCCGUCAGAAAUGAAUAUGCAAAUGCCCAGCUAGAAUGUAAUGCAGCCGAUGAACGUUCCAAGUUAUUGGCUUCUGAAGUUAUUGGUUUGGAGGAGAAGGCACUCAGACUAAGGUCAAGUGAGCUAAAGCUGGAGAGGCAGUUGGAGAACUCACAAGCCGAAAUAUCUUCAUACAAAAAAAGAUUGUCUAGCCUUGAAAAAGACCGUUCGGAUUUGCAGUCAACUAUCAGUGCUCUUCAAGAAGAGAAGAAGCUGUUGCAGUCUAUGCUACGGAAAGCGUCCACUGAUGAAAAGAAAGCUGAUGUUAGCAAGAGUACUACUAAAAAGAAAGAUGUGUUUACUUCUACAGAAGAUCUAGCAAAUGAGGUCAGUCCCGAGACUGUAGACCAGGAUAUGCGUGAUACCUCCAGCUUUUCGAUGCUCCCUGAAAAUGGACAGUCAAGUUUUGAGGUUUCAUCUGUAAAUAUACCUCCUGAUCAGAUGCGAACAAUUGACAACAUCAAUACACUAGUUUCUGAGCUAGCAUUAGAGAAAGAAGAGUUGAUACAAUCUUUGGCAUCUGAGACAUCUCAAUGCUCCAAGUUGAAGGAACUGAAUAAUGAAUUGUCCCGGAAACUUGAAGCUCAAACUCAGAGAUUAGAGCUUUUGACUGCCCAAAGUAUGGCUAAUGAGAGUACUCCAAUCAGGCAACCUUUAUCACACGAUGUGCCUGACAGUACUCCAUAUGCAGAUGAAGGGGAUGAGGUAGUGGAAAGAGUCCUGGGAUGGAUUAUGAAACUUUUUCCCGGCGGGCCAUCAAGACGAAGAACCAGUAAGCUUCUGUGACAUGGAAGUCGGUAAAGCUCGUUAGUCCCUAUGAUAAGCUCUGGUUUUGUUUUCCUUCUCUCCCUUGAUGUAUCAGAGGUCGUAAUUUGUAUAUUUUGAGUCCAUUUAUAGCCAAUUCUUUUUUCUCUUUAAGUAGAAAUAUGUUCAUGAAUUGAGAGGCCUUCCCAUUGAUUGGUUAAAUUUUAUAUCCAUAUAAUAGCUAUCAUUUCCCUGAGACAUGACUGAAGUCCUCGUAUAAUUGUUUUUGAUUUAGAACUUCUGUAGAUUUAGGGGGCAAUUGGAUACCCAAAGAGAGGAUUAGAAGCAGUAUACAAAGGAGAGAUUGUAUUAUGUCUCAUUCUUUUUGUUACUUGAAGUGUUGUACUUGUUGUAUUUGUGAUUACAAGAAAUGAAACAACUGACUUGAUC